AUGAAAUUACUGGCAGGUGUGGAGAAGGUGAGCGACCCAAUCGAGGACGAAUUGCCUAAAGAAAAGCCACACAAUAAUAAUGAAGUUGAUACGAUACAAGAUCAUCUUCAAGGUCUCAUCAGAAAGGUCAAAGCAAAAUUGAGACGAUUGUUAGCAUUUAAAGAUGCACCCGAAUACCUUCAGCAUAAUCCUUACAUACUUCAUGGAUAUCGGGGAUACUUAACUACAAAAUUAUGUGUCGAAAGUAUAUUCGGGUGGACGAACGAGACGAUCAACAUAUGGAGUCACAUCUUCGGAUGGAUGUUGUUCUUCGGUUUGACCUUAUACGAUCUUUGCUUGUUAAAUAUACACGCGCCAUUCGGUGACAAAGUGAUAGUAGCUCUAUUAUUGAUCUGUUUUCAGGUAUGCAUGAUCUUAUCGUCAGUCUAUCAUACAUUCUCCUGUCGAAGCGAGAAGGAUUAUUGGUGUUUUCUGUCUUUCGAUCUCUUCGGCAUAGCACUCAGCCUGCUAUCGAUUUACAUGUCCGGAGUUUACUAUGCCUUUUGGUGUCACAAGGAUCUACAAAAAUUUAUAUUAGUGACAGUCCUAGUUAUAUUUCUCUUCGCAAUGAUACUACAGAUACCGAAAUUGAAUGUUAACGGGAAUGUGAAGCUGGUUGUGUUCGUAGCUUGGGCAGUUUAUGGAGUAUUGCCAACGCUGCAUUGGAGUAUAGCAAUGGGUGGUAUGGACAAUCCGAUCGUUAGAUUGUUACUACCAAGGGUACUUGGGAUGUACACCAUUAGUGGUCUAGCAUUUGCUAUAUAUUUGACAAAGAUACCUGAACGUUUCUUACCUGGCUGGGUCGAUUACGUUGGUUCGUCUCAUCAAUGGUGGCACGCGCUGGUCGUGUUAGCACUUUAUUAUUGGCACAAUACCGGCAUGCUCUAUGUCGAAUAUAGGAUGAACCACGGGUGUCCGGCUAAUAUGAGAUUAUGACAUACGGAUAACGACGAUCCGUCUGUACCGCGCUUCAGUAUGGAGUGUGCUUGCGCGAUGGAGAUGAACUUCGCUUGGCUGGCUUUGCAAAAGCAAUUGUCCUCAUACAAUUUUGACGAGGGUAUCGCGAGUGUCUGCUUCCUGGAGAACCCAUUCAAGAUCUACAUGAAAGAAUAGAGAAGAAAGAAAGAGCUGGAAGAAGACGCGAUGGAGGAUGGUGACGGGUGGGAGAGAAAAAGACGAGAAAGGAGAAGGGAAGCAGAGAGGGAGGGGGGUGGGGAGGGAUAGGAAGAGGGAUGGGUGAGAUAGAAAAAGGAAAUAAAAUCAUUUUCCGGAUAUUGAGGACGACGUCGCGAGAAGAGAAUUUUUCUCACACAAAUACAUGAUUCAGAUAUAUAUUGAUACGUAGUUAGAGAGAGAGAGAGAGAGAGAGGGAAACAGAUAGUUAGAUAAAAGAACAUACAGCGCGUACACGAUUGAUCGUCAGAAAAUAAUUUCGUAGUAGAAUUUGUGAAUAAGGUGUCGAUUUAUAGACUGUUGUAUUUUUUUUCUUGUUUCUUCUUCUUCUUCUUUUCUUCUUUUCUUUUUUUCUUUUUUCCUAUUUCUUCCUUUUCCUUUUUUUUUUUUUUUUUAAUUUUUGAUUUGCAAAAAUCUGCUUCGGCGACGUGAAAAACAAAUAUGGCGCGGAUCGAUGGGACUGAGAGAGGGAGGAGAUGGGGUGAGAUAGAAGAGGAAAAAACUCGAAUAUUCAGUUUUUAUUUCUUUUUCUUCUUCUUCUUCUUCUUCUUCUUCUUCUUCUUCUUCUCCUUCUUCUUCUCUUCUUUCUAUUUUAUAAUUUCUUUUUUACUCUCCGUCGAAAGUGACGUCCUUCUCAUCAAAACGUUCAUUUACGAUCUUUUUUUUUAGUUAACGGAAGGGAACCAAUACGGAGAGUAAACAAUUUUUUUUCUGUAAUAUAGAGUGCUUUUUUCAUCGUUUUGAAUUUUUUUUUCCUUUUUUUUUUUUAUUUCUUUUAAUUUCUUUUCUCUUUAUCUUCGCUCAUCUUCCUUUCAAAAAUUAUUAUUUAUAAUAUAUCGAUAAGAUGUAAGGGGUUUCUUUUUUCUUUGUGUUUCGUUGGAUUUUUUGUGCGUGUGUGUUGCUCUUUACGGAUUAUCAUUUUAUUACAUAUUAUGUGUUCUUUUUCUUUUUUCUUUUUUAACAUUCGAUCAGCGCGCCUCGCGUCAAGCUUUUCAUUUUCUCGCAAAUCACUACGUUACGUGUACUAUUCGCAUUUCUUCGUAGUUCGUCGAUCCGUCGCAAGGUGCGCGGCAUUUACAUUUCCUCAAUCUUUUAUUCCGAGAUUCUAUUUAUAAACUACCGUUUGGUGUACACGUUAUUACGAGACGCAUAGGCGAUGCAGUUCCUAGAGAAAUAUAUACACACACACAUAUAUAUAUAUGCAUAUUACAAACACUUGUUACUUCGAUCGGCCGGUCUCAUUGAUUCUUGACGAACUGUUUCCGUGCUGGUACACUAUUUUUCACAUUAAAAUUUGUCUAUGAAUUUUAAAUAUAAAUAGAACAUUAUUUUCAAAUAUAAAUAGCGUGAAAGGAAAAUAAAAUAAAAUAAAAUAAAAUAAAAUAAAAUAGAAAAAAAAGAAAGAAGAUAUGACGCAUAAAGAAUUUAUUGAUAAUAACGAUAUGAUAAUUUUCAAUAAAUCUCUCGUCCUUCGAUCAUCCUAA